AUGCAGAAGAGACAAGGAUAUUGCAGCUAUUGCCGUGUGCAGUACAGUAACCUGGAACAGCAUUUGUUCAGUGCUCAGCACCGAAGCUCGACCAGACAGAGUAGAAAUCGUAUAUGUUCCAGUGGUUUGAUGGAACGUUUCUUGCAGGAUGUUUUGCGACACCACCCAUACAAUUACCAAGACACCAGAUCAGCACAAAAUGAGGCUCCCGCAAAUCCUGGGUCGCCUGAUGUGGUGGUUGUGGAUGAGUUUCGUCCUGAAGAAAGGGACGAGGAGACUGAGAGUGAAGAGCUGUACUCCGAUGAGUCUGAUCCUGCUGAAGACCUACAGUGUGGACCUAGUCAGUCACAGGAAUGUGCAAACGGCUUUUCGGCUCGUCCAUCAGUUAUUCAAAAACUGGAGAUGGGACAGCAGCAGUCCUUGGCGUUUGCUCAUAAAAUUGAGAGUGGUAUGAGAAAAAUUAAUCCAGUAGAAAUUGGUCAACCUACAAAUAAUGGAAAAAAGUUAAUACGUCCCCCAGUGAUUUGUAAUGUGUCUGCUAGUUAUUUACCUAAAAGUUCUUAUGACAGACCACUUUCAGCUAAGACUACUAGGUUAGCGCUAGCAGUCUCUUCAGAGUCAUUUGGCCAAAGUGAUGACGCAAAUAAAUUUGACCAAUACUUUGGAGAGCUAGAUGGGGCCUCUAGCAGUCCUAUGUCAUCAAAUACACAGGAGAACCCUAAAGAAACAAAUAAGCAAACCGUGUGUAUAGAUAUAGAUAAAUUGCUUUCUCAGAGAAACGUAAGAGCUAGGGGGGAAAUUUCCACACCUGUUUAUGAAUUCCGUGAACUUACUGAUAAUGAGAGUUCACCAGAAGCUGAAUUUGCAGCAAGCUCAGUAGUAGGGCUGGAUAAACCUAACAUGCCUUCUGAUGAAGAAAUCUCUGAAGAUGCCAUUCCAAAGCAUUUUGAGGAAUCUCUUUCAAGUAUGAAUUACACCCAGGAAGAAAGGAAGUUGGUUUUUAACAAGCCAGAAGCUUUGAAAGAGGAGUGCUCAGUGAGUUCUGAAGACAAAGUGGAUCACGGCUCUCUUCAGUCAAUCUCUGACCAAUCCCAAGAUGCUGAAAAAGGCUUGGAGCUUUCCAAGGAAGAAGAAAGUGGCCAAGAAGAUGAGAACUCAGAAUCUAGAGGUUCUCAGAUGAGUUUUGAUUGUGGUUCCUCUUGUCAUUCACUGACUGCUCUAUCUGAAGUGACUGCUAGAGAAGUAAACCUUUCAGAGAAAAUACCUGCUAAUUUACAGGACGAGAAUAAUAAAUCCGUCAUUUCUGAAACAGCUUCAGAUGAUGAUCGUGCUGAUUCUGUUCAGGUAGUUACCAGCCAGUCUCAAGUGACUGUUGAAGAAGUAAGUCCUCAGAAUAAAAAGCGAGUUAGCUUAGUUGACGAAUGCUAUGAUUCUAGUGGCUCCGAAAUGAAUUUUGAUUGUGGUGGCAACUCACUUCAGACAAUUAAUGAGUACUCCCAAAAGUCUGUACCAGAAGUAAGGCUUCCGAACAAGGCACGCAUUCAAUUGGUUGAUCUGAGCUAUGGAUCUACUAGCUCUGACGAAAGCAAUGAUCUCUCACUUGAAAAACCCCCAGUGGUUGCCACAGAAGUGAAACGUAGGAAGAAGGCUCGAAUUAGUUUGGUUGAUGAGAGCUAUGGAUCCAGUAAUUCUGAAAGUUCUGAUAGUGAUACUUCUCAGGACCAUCUCGAAAUGACUGUCAAAGGAAGAAACCUGAAAGCCAAACCUGUCAUCCUAAAAAAUAAGAAACGCAAACCCACUAGUGCUAACGCACAUCUUGAGACAGUGGAUGAUGAACCCCAGAGAGAUGUUGAAGAGAUAAAUCUUCUGAAAAAGAAGAAUGCUGGCCUUGUGGAUAUGAACUGUGAGUCUCAUGGUCCUGGAAUGGGUUUUCAUGCUGAUGCUCAAUUAGUGGCUGAUCAAUCUCAAGUAGCAGUUAAAGAAGUAAACCCUCAGAAAGUAGAUAUUGGCCUAGAGAUUAAGAGUAUUCAAUAUAGAAUUGCUAACCUAAGUAUUGAGUCUCAUGAUAAUAACUAUCAGUCAGCUAAUGAUCAACCUGAAGGGGCUUUGGGUGAAGUAAAUCUUAAAGAGUUAAAUGUCGACAUGGAAGUUAAGAGCAAUGGGUGCUCCAGUUCUGAGUUGACAUUUGAUUCCGAUUCCCCUCUUCUGUCAGUUACUGAGCGGUCUCAGCUGGAUUUUGAAAGACUAAAAGAAGAUGGCAUUAACCUGGAAGAUGGGAGCUGUGAGUCAAGUAGUUCUGACGUAACUUUUGAUUCAGAUAUUCCUAAUUGCUCAGUAAUUGACCAACUUGAUGAGGAGGAACCUGUUGAUCUGGAAAAUAAGAGUAAUGAAUCUUGUAUUUCUGAAAUAACUUUUGAUUCUGGUAUUCCUCUUCAUUCAGGAAAUGAUCUACCUGAAGUAGCUGUUGGAGUAAUCAUUCAGAAAGAAGAAUACGUACACUUAGCGAGGAAGAAUGAUACACCCAUUGAUUGUGAAAUAAAUUUGGAUUCUCAUGCCCCUCUUCAUUCAGUGACUAAUCCUCCCGAAUUAUAUAUUAAAAAACUAAAUUCUCAUAAAGAAGAGCAGGUCCAUGUAGAAAAUAAGAAAAAUGAGCCUGCUGACUCUGCAUUAAAUUUGAAUUAUGAUUUUUUUAACUUAAUGCCUGGACAUUCUGAAGAUCCUAUCAAUGACAUAAACUUCCAGAAGAAUACAAACAUAUACUUAGGAACUAAGAGUAAUGAAUGUGUUUCUGAAACAAGAUUGGGUUCUGAUACCCUUUAUCCAACAGUUAUUUGCAAACCUCAAGUACUUGUUGAAAAUCCUUGGCUUCAAAAAGAAAAACAUGCUGAAUUACAACAUAAUAGUGCUGAUUUAUAUCAUUCUGAAAUAAAUUUAGAUUCUGAUGUCCCUCAUUAUCCACGGACAGAAUCUCAAGGUGCUGGAAAAAAAGCUAAGAGAAAGACGAAGCAUAUUCUAGAAAGUGAUAAACUUGGUGCUUCUGAAAUAACUUUGAAUUCUAAUGUCCUUCCUCAGUUAGUGACUGAAAAACCUCAACUAGCUGUUUUGAAGGAGGGCCAUGUUGACCCAGAAGAUGAAAGUACUGAUAUUAGAGUUAAAAAGCAUAGCAAAAACAACGAACAACGCAAAAUGGCUACCCAGAUAAAACUGUGGCAGGACGACACUGGCCUGGAAAAUGAGACUGAUGAACCUAAAGGUUCGAAAGAAAUACAUGAUUCUGAUGUUUCUUUUCAGUCUAUAUCUAGUCAACCUGACAUAACUAUUAAACAAAUAAACCUUGAGAAUAAAGAUCAAGUGUACUUCGAAACUAAGAACAGACAAUAUAGUUUGGCUUCUGACAUCCCAAGCCAGUCAAUGAUUGAUCAACCUAAAGUAACUAUUUUGGAGCCAAAGCACAUUGAGCUACAAGGUGAGGACAGUCAGUCUUUUGGUUCGGAAGCAAGUUUUGAGUCAGAUGACUCUCUUCAGUCAAUGGCUGUCCAGCUUAGUGAAGGUAGUAGAGAUUCAGAUUUUUGGAUGGAUGAAGAUGUUGACUUGGAAAGUAAGAGGGAUGAAGCGAAGGGUUUCAAAAUUAUAUAUGAUUCUCUUGUCCUUCGUUCAGUGGCUUCUCAAACUGAUGUAGUUCAGGAGACCAGCUGUUGUAAAGAACGUGUUGACUUGGAAGAUAAGGUUGUACAACCUAAUGACUCCAAAAUAAAUUUUGAUCCUAAUGGAAUUCUUCAGUCUGUAACUGAUAAAAUUGAAGAGACUAUUAAAGAAGCAAAUCUUCUGAGGGAGACACAUAUUCGUCUGGGUGAUCAGAGCUUUGAUCCAGGUAGUUCUGGAGCAAUUAAUCUUUCACACAUCCCUUUUUGGUCAGUGAUUCGACCACCACAAAUUUUGCAGGAGGAACAUUCCAGUUUGGAAGUUAGGAGCAGUGAUCCUCGUGAUCCUGAAAUAUGCUCUGAUGCCAGUGAUCCUUGUUGUUCAGUGACUUGCCAAGCUGAAGUCGUUCAGGAAAACAGCCAUUGUAAAGAACAUGUUGACUUGGAAGAUAAGACUGUCCAACCUAGUGACUCCAAAAUAAAUUCUGAUUCUGAUGAACUUCUUCAGUCUGUGACUAAUAAAAUCCAAGAGCCUAUUAAAGAAAACCUGAGGAAGGGUCCUGCUGCUCAUCUGGAUGAUAAGGGCUAUGAACCACACGGUUCUGGAGCAAUUUAUGCUUCAAAAAUCCUUUAUUGCUCAGUGAUUCAACCACUACAGAUUUUGCAAAAGGAGCAUUCCAGUUUGGAAGUUAAGAGCAGUGAUCCUUGUGGUCCUGAUUCCAGUGAUCCUUGUCAUUCAAUGGCUGGCCAAGCUGAAGUGCUUCAGGAGACCAGCAAUUGGAAAGAACAUGGUGACUUGGAAGAUAAGACUGUCCGACCUAGUGACUCCGAAGCAAAUCUUGACUCUGAUGAACCUCUUCAGUCUGUAACUAAUACAAUUCAAGAGCCUAUUCAAGAAAGAAAUAUAAAGGAGAGAUCUAUUUGUCUGGAUGAUAAGGGCUAUGAACAACAUGGUUCUAGAAUAACUUUUAUUUCAAACAUCCCUUUUUGUUCAGUGAUUCAGCCACCACAAAUUUUGCAGGGGGACCAUUCCAGUUUGGAAGUUGGGAGCAGUGAUUCUUAUGGUCCUGAAGUAAGUUCUGAUUCCAGUGACCCUUGUCAUUCAGUGGGAGGCCAAACCGAAAUAGUUCAGGACAACAGUCAUUGGAAAGAAUGUGUUGACUUGGAAGAUAAGAUUAUUGAACCAGGUGGCUCAAAAAUAAAUAGUGAUUCUGAGAAGCCUCUUCAACCUGCGACUGAUAAAAUUCAAGAACCUAUUACAGAAGUAGAUCAUCUGAAGGAGGGAUAUGCUUCCCUGGAUGAUAAAGACUGUGAGCCAGGUACUUCUGGAAUAAUUCAUGUUUCACAUAUCCCUUUUUGCUCAGUUAUUCAACCACCACAAAUUUUGCAAGAAGAGCAUUCCAGUUUGGAAAUUGGAAGUGAUGAUCCUUGUGGUCCAGAAGAAAGUUCUGAUUCCAGUGAUCGUCCUAUAAUAAGUUUUGAUUCCAAUGAUCCUUGUCAUUCAGAAGUUGGACAGCUUCACAAUGCUGUCAAAGAAAUAAAUCUGAAGGAAGACCAUAUUUACCUGGAAGAUAGGAGCUAUAGACUAGUGGAUGUUGAAGCAAGUUGUGAUUCUGAUAUACCUGUUCAGAUUGUGGUGGAUCAGUCUGUGGAGGAUAUGUCUGUCAAAGAAAUAAACUUGGAAAAGAAGGAUCAUAAUGAUCUAGAAAAUGAGAACUCUUCUGAAAUAAGAUAUGAUUCUGAUCUUCACCAGCAGACAGAACUUGACCCACCUCAAGUGGUUUGCCAAGAAACAGGCCUUCAGAAGAAAGAGCUUGGCAUGGAAGAAAAGUCCAGUGAAGCUAGUGACUCUGAAAUGAUGUAUGAUUCUGAUGUCUCUUUUCAAAUCGUGGUUAAUCAAGGUCAAACGUCAGAUGGUGAAACAGAUUCUCCACAAGUGGUGAUUGUAGAUGUGGCAGCUAAUGACAGCGAUUGUGAUCGUGAAGUAAUUUCAGAUGCUAAUACCCCUCUUGAGGUAGUGAAUGAACCACCUCAGAUGACUAGCAGUCAGACUAGCAGUACAGAUUCUCCUGUUGUAGGAAGUCUGAAGUGUGACUUUUGUGGUUUUGAAAUAAAAUAUGAUCCUGCUACCUUUUUUCAAUCAGCGACAAACCAGUCCAAAAAGAGUUUCAGAAUAAUUAACCGGAACAAUGACUAUAUUAUUCUUGGGGACUCCACAUGUCAGUCUUGUGGUUGUGAACUAAAUUUUAAUGUUGCUUCCAAGUCUGUGACUUUCCAGCCACAAGGGCCUGAUCCAAGUCGUGUUGACUCAGAAGACAAGAGCCGUGAUUCUAAUGAUCCUAAAAGAGAUUUUAAUUUGGGAGAUACUUCUCAGGCAGUAAAUAAUCAACUGCAGAAAACUGACACGGAAGACAAUGUUUGGGGGGAUGAAAUAAAUGCUGGCAUGAAAGAUAGUGAUCCUGCCGCAGACGAUGCUCUCUCUACUGUGGCAGUUACUCAACAGACUGUUAGUAACGACGACCCUUCAGUGUCAGAACGUUCUGGCCUAGAAAGUGUGAGUGGUUCUGAGAAGGAUUUUCGAGGUGAUCUCUCUCUUCAGCCUAAUCCUGGCAAGCAUCAAGAAUCUGUCAAGAAAACACGCCGUCGUAAGAGAGCAGCUUUUGACUGGAGAGCAGAUAAUGAUUCCCAGUCAAGCUGUGUUCCCAAGCUUCCUGCAAAGAACCGUAAAAAGGUAGCUUUUAACCAGAGAGAAAAUACCCAUGAGUCUCAGUCGAGAUCUGCCUCUGUUGAUUACCAAUCAAGCUAUGUUCCUCAGGUUGGUUCUGGAAAGAGCCGGAAGAAAAUAACUUUUCACCUGAGAGAAAAUAGCUGUGGUUCCCAGUCAAGCUGUGUUCCUCAGGUUGAUUCUGGAAAGAGCCAGAAGACAGUAAGUCUUGACCUGAGAGAAAACACUCAUUACUUCUAUCCAGGCUCUACUCCUAUUGAUUGCCAACCAAGCUAUGCUCCGAAGGUUGGUUCUGGAAAGAGCCGGAAGAAAGUAACUUUUGACCUGAGAGAAAAAACUCGUUAUUUCUAUCCAGGCUCUGCUCCUAUUGAUUGCCAGUCAAGCCGUGUUCCUCCUAGAAAAAAGCAGAAGAAAAUAACUUUUAAACUGAGAGAAACUGAUUCCCCAUCUUGCUCUUCUUCUGGGGUUGAUUCUGUAAGGGACGUAGGAAGGGAUGUUGUAGAAGAAAAUCCAAAUGAACCAGUUCUUGAAGCCUUGCCUCACGUCCCACCUUCCUUUGUGGGGAAAACAUGGUCUCAGAUAAUGAAAGAAGAUGACAUAAAAAUCAAUACACUUGUGAAGGAAUUUAAGGAAGGUCGUUUCCGCUGCUAUUUUGAUGAUAACUCUGAGACCAAUGAAGUUUUUUUAAAUGAAGAGGAAAGAAAUACCUGGCCUGGGUUUAAUCAAGACACUGUACCAGUUCAGGCUCAGUCGGAUCAUGAAAAUAUUGAAGGUAGAAUUGCAGAGAAUGAUGGUGUUUCAGAGGCUUUAGAUAAAUCACACCAUCAUAGUUCUCUAGCAGAGAAGCCUCAUAAACAAAGUGAGAAUGUGGCUUCUCAGAGCCAAACGGAGAAAGUCAGCCAUGGAAUAGAAAUCAAUUACAAAAACUAUCCAUUGAAGAAAAGAAAAAUAAACAGACCAGAGGAAGAAUCACCAAAAAGGAUGCAUUUACAGAGUGACAACGUCGAAGAAAAAAAACCCAAAAGCAGAGCUUUUGUGUUUCCUACACUAGAAUUUAAAGUUGUAGAGCCUAAUUCCCUGAUCUGUGUUUCUUCUGCAAAUACUAAGCGGAUGGAAGAUGAAUCCUUCAACUCAACUAAAACAAAUCAGUACAGUUAUGACACUGCGUAUAAACAGAAUGACCCAUUACUUAAGAAAACUGCGCGGAAGACAACAGCACCAAACUCUGGCAGGCCUAAGAGGGCUAAGGCUGGACUUAAGAAGCGUGAUGUAAGCACCAGUACAAGAAAGAGGGGUAAGACUCGAAACCUUGCUUCAACAACAGUACCAGCAAGAUAUGAAUUAAGGUCACGCUAUCGGACCACUAAAUCUGCAACACUUCAAGGAAAUCCAGAAGAUGCAAGUGCUAGUGGUGUUCUAAAUGACAGUAAUUGCCAGCCAACUCCUUUAAGUCCUGAUGUUCCCAAAAUGGCUUCUAAACCAGUGAGAAAUGACUUUUUUGACAGCAAAAGUAAAAAGAAGGUUCCAAAAGGGAAGAUGAUAACUGAUGAUAAGUCACACUUUGGCAAGAGUGCUUCUGAAGCAGUUAUUCUCCGACAAAAAUUCAAGCUAGCUUCGGCAAAACUGUCCAUUCGAGUUCAGAUGAAAGCCAACUAUGUUAUUCGAAAGUAUCUUUUGAAAUACUCCGUGUUUAUCCGUCGUCGUUUUCAACGCAGAGGCAAUGCUCUUGGAACCUAUCUUAAAAAGAAACUGUCUGUUGCUAGUAGGGUAAAGGAUGUGAAGAGAGCAACUGAAAUGUUUUUGAGCUCCUCACUCCUACCCAUUGCUGUUGGAAAGCGCUUACGAGCUAUUUCAGGUCUUUCUCCAAAGAAAUCCAUGCGGCAUCCUUCCACUGUUACAUCAAGAAAGAAGUAUAAGAAAAAAUACCACCGAAGAAAGAAGUCUGCUCCGAUUAGAGAAUAUGAUUUGAGAAGUUCAGGAUCUGUACCAAAUGUGGUUAGAAUGGUUACCCGGCUCACAAGCAAAUUGAGAAGUAAUGAGGUGAAAUAG